CAUGAGCGAGAGAGUGUAAACGAAAACUGACACACACAAAAACUCAGAAAAAUCAAACUCUCAGAAACGCCAUCAUCACCAAAAAACGCAAUCAAAAUCAAAAUUAAAAUUAAAAUACCUAACAUUCUAAACCUUCGUUCAAUUCAAUUCAAUUUUUCCCUUUCUAUUGGUUCGCAUCGUGUUCUUCCUCAUCAAUGGAGUAGUCGUUCCGAUUGAUUUCAAUCGCGAUUCGUUGUUCCCAAUCGGAGCUUCGAUUCCGAGAAUUUCAAGAUGAGUAUGCCGAAACCUAAUCAAGUAGCAGUUAGAGACCUCGUUGAAGAAGCUAAGAAACGAAUUGUGAUUCUCAUCGUUUGCGUUGUUGGACUCUCCUAUCUAAUGUCAUUGACAAGCUCCUCAGUUUGGGUCAACUUGCCUGCUGCAGCCUCCUUACUUAUCAUUUUCCGCUAUUUAUCACUGGAUUAUGAAAUGAAGAGAAAAGCUGCAGCAUACAACAAUAAAUCAGGCUCCACCAGUGUUCAGUCUUCAAAGAAGCCUACCGAAAAUCCUAAAGCAGUUGCGAAGUUUGAGUGGCGAGCAAAAGUUAAUUCUCCUGUUGUUGAGGAUGCAAUUGAUCACUUCACCAGACAUCUGAUUUCUGAGUGGGUGACAGACCUUUGGUACUCUCGCUUAACACCAGACAAAGAGGGUCCCGAGGAGUUGGUGCAAAUAGUUAAUGGUGUUCUUGGUGAAAUUUCAGGACGCAUGAGAAAUAUAAAUCUGAUUGAUUUUUUGAUAAGGGAUCUUGUUAAUCUCAUUUGCACUCACUUGGAGCUGUUUCGUGCUGCUAUCUCAAAGAUUGAAAAACAACACACAGAUUCAUUAACAAUUGAAAGACGGGAUACAGAGCUAAAAAUUGUGUUGGCAGCAGAAGACAAAUUGCAUCCUGCUUUAUUCUCUUCUGAAGCUGAGCACAAGGUUGUUUCACUUUCUUGUUCUACAUGCAUGCAUGGCGUAAUGGGGAAUUUUGUUUUCACCCAUGGGUCAAGCUUCUGUUUCUCAGAUUUCCUAAUUUGGGAUUAUAAUGCUGCGUGCAUCUUUAUUUUUCAGGUUUUGCAGCAUCUGAUGAAUGGUCUUAUGUCUGUCACUUUCAAGUCUGAGGAUCUGCAGUGUUCUUUCUUUCGAUAUAUUGUCAGGGAGCUUCUUGCAUGUGCUGUAAUGCGACCUGUCCUAAAUUUAGCCAAUCCAAGAUUUAUUAACGAAAGAAUUGAAUCUGUGGUAAUUAAUAAGACCAAGGCUAACAAGGGGGUUGAUGCAGCUCAAGGGCUAUCCCCCAUUAAAGAAGAUGAGUCACAAACUUCAUCUGAUCAUUUUUCCAAGUGUUUAGAUCCUUCUGCUACUGGUGUUGAGCUUACACAGCUAAAAAAUGGUCAGUCCAGAAAUCCAGAGCCAUCUACAGAAAGAAAUGUUUCUGAUAACCUUUCUAGAGAUCCGUUGCUUUCAAUGGAUACUCGAUCUUCCCGUUCAUGGAACUCUUUGCCUGGAAACUCACAAAGUAAUGGUGACCAAGGUAUUCAACGAUAUCGCUCAGGAGGAGAAUGGGGAGAUAUUUUAGAUGUCGUCUCUCGAAGAAAGACCCAAACUCUUGCACCAGAACAUUUUGAGAAUGUUUGGGCAAAGGGCAAAAAUUACCAGAAAAAGGAUGGAGAGAACCAGUCAAAUGAGCGAGCCCCACAACAUCCCUCAACAGGAAAAUCACUCAAGAUAGAUCAUAUGAAGGCAACAUCUGGACCCAAAGAACACGAUACUAGAUUGAAGCUUAAUACCUCUAAGGGAGGCCACAUUAAUUCUGGAUACAGCAGUCAAUUCACUGUUGAAAAUGCAUCCGUUCACACAGACAAGAAUGGAUCAACUUGUUCUUCAGUUACCUCAUAUAAAGAUGAUGAGGACAGCCACAUUAAUAGGAAUAUGAGUGAAUCAGAGAGCAAUACUUCUUAUACUUCUGAAGAUGAUGAAACUAGUACUGUUACUGGUCUUGAUUCCCCUGUAACUAAGGUUUGGGAUGGAAAAAGUAUCAGAAACCAGGCUGUUUCUUAUGUUCAUCACCCACUUGAAAAUGUUGAUAGCCACAGUACAAAGAAAAGGAAUAAGAACCAUUCCCGUUAUCCGAGAUCAUUCAGAACACAAUCUGGCAGUAAAAGGUCCCGGUCAAGCGAUUUAAAGACAAAUAUGUGGCAGGAAGUUGAGAGGUCAAGCUUUUUAUCUGGUGAUGGUCGAGACAUACUUGGCUCUCCAAAACCACCUGUGAAUUCUGACGGAUCCUCUGAUGAUGCUGAUUUUGAAAGUUUGGGUAGAAUUUAUAGCGGAGCAGCUGCCUCUUCGUCCUCAAUUUCUAAAUCAGAAUCUUGCAGUUUGGCUGUUAAUCCCCUGAGAAGUUCUUCUGCCGUAGAUUCCUUUUACAAGUUGAGAUGUGAGGUCUUGGGUGCAAAUAUUGUCAAGAGUGGUUCAAGAACAUUUGCCGUUUAUUCCAUAUCUGUUACAGAUGUAAAUAAUAACAGUUGGUCAAUUAAAAGAAGGUUUCGUCAUUUUGAGGAGCUGCAUCGGCGCCUGAAAGAGUUCUCCGAGUAUAAUCUUCAUUUGCCACCUAAACAUUUUCUGUCAACUGGUUUAGAUGUAGCAACCAUUCAAGAACGGUGUGAAUUGCUUGAUAAAUAUUUGAAGAAACUUAUGGAGCUACCUACAGUUUCAGAAUCAAUUGAGUUAUGGGACUUUUUGAGUGUUGACUCUCAGACGUACGUAUUCUCAAAUUCUUUUUCUAUAAUGGAAACAUUACCAGUUGGCCUGGAUGCUAAGUCGUCUGAGAAGACUAAAAUCAGUUCCAAUGUUUCUGCACCCGGAAGUGAUUCUUUUUUGCAAACAAAAAAUCAUGCCGUGGCUAAUGGAUCGAGGCCAACAGUAAAUAGCACGCCUCUUUCUCUACCAUCAAAAAAGAAUACACGGGAAUCAAGACAGUCAUUUGACAAUUCUGGAAGCAAUGCAGAUAUUCUACCAAGGAAGAGUGCACAUUCUCCCAAUAACUUGCAGAAGUCAGUGAAAGGAAGAGAUAGUUCAAACGAGCUCUCUGAUGUGCAGCAUGAUACUGCUGAAACUCUUCCAACAGAGUGGGUGCCACCUAAUUUAAGUGUACCCAUAUUGGAUCUGGUUGAUGUUAUCUUCCAGCUGCAAGAUGGUGGAUGGAUUAGGAGGCAGGCUUUCUGGGUUGCUAAACAAGUCUUACAACUAGGAAUGGGUGAUGCCUUAGAUGAUUGGUUGUUAGAGAAAAUUCUGCUUCUCCGAAAGGGAUCAGUGAUUGCUUCAGGGGUCACACGAGUUGAGCAAAUACUCUGGCCUGAUGGAAUUUUCUUAACCAAGCAUCCAAAUCGACGACCACCUACCGGUCCAUCUCAGAGUUCACCUAAUGGCCAUCAAUCUACACCAGUAUCUACUCCAAGGAUGGAUGAUGAGCAGCAACGAGAGGCAGAUCGGCGCGCAAAGUUUGUAUAUGAGCUAAUGAUCGAUCAUGCACCACCAGCAAUUGUAGGUCUUGUCGGAAAGAAGGAGUACGAACAAUGUGCAAGGGAUCUUUAUUUUUUUCUUCAGUCAUCUGUUUGCUUGAAGCUGCUGGCUUUUGAUCUCCUGGAGAUGCUGCUUUUGUCGGCAUUUCCCGAACUUGAUGAUGUAUUCAAGCAGGUGCAUGAAGAAAAACAUAGAUUUGGUGAGCUCGUCAAGUAAAUAUAAUCAUUUUUGGCCAAAGUACAGAGAAACAAAGGUGUGAAUGCUGUCUUCAAAGUUACAUUUUUGUUUUUGUAAUUGUUCCUGGUUGCCGCAUUUGUCUUUGCAACCAGCCUCCUUCUAUGAUCUAUGGCAUCUUGAGGCUGCCAUUUGUAAAUUUUGAGAUUAAUGCAAUCAUUUGAAGAAAUUGUAUCCAUUAUAUUCUAGAAACAAAUGUGCCCAGAUGCUACUGCCGAGCCGGUACUGCAUACAGUUCUUAAUUUUAGUCUUCAAACAGAAAUUUUGUCUGCAAUAUUAUACAAGUACUUUAAUGGAAAAUCAGUUGGAUUACAUUUCUUAUCAUA